CCGGCUCCCCUGUCCCCACGUCCGGAUAUUCGGGGCUCUGUCUCACAGAGGCGCCUAUUGCCCCCCCCCCGCCCAGACCCCAUGGCCUGGGGGCUGCUCCUGGCGCUCUGCGGGGCGCUCCUGGCUCCAGCCGCGGCGGGCGGGCGCCACAGCCUGGCCGUGCUAGUCACAGCCGUCAUCAACGAAGAUGGGACCCAUCACUUCACCAUGGUCGCCCGGCUGGAUGACGUUCAGAUCCUGUACUACAGCAGUGACACGCGAGAGGUCAGAGCCACCCAGCCGUGGGCAGAACAGGCCUUGGGCACUGAGUAUCUCCAGGAAAAGACCCAGCAGUUCAGGGGGCACGAGGAGCGCUCUAAAGUCCUUACCAGGAGGUGGAUGCAGCAUCACAACCAGACGGGCGGGAUUCACACUGCUCAGGUUCACACGGGCUGUGCCCUGAAUGACCAGACCCCCGUGGACCCGAGGUUCCAAUACGCCUAUGAUGGGGGGGACUUCAUCAGCUUUGACAACCAGACGGGGACGUGGGUCACGGCCGUGCAGCCAGCUGUCCUCACAAAGCAGCGCUGGGAGACGGGCAAGACCUGGACUCAGUAUGUCCAGCAUUUCCUGCAGUCUGAGUGCCUGGAUAAGCUGCGGCGCCUGGUGCACCGGGGAAGGGCAGUGCUGGAGCGACACACACCUCCCACGGUCUCAGUUUCCCACAGAGACGACCCAGACGGCUCUGUCACCCUCUCCUGCCACGCCAGGGGCUUUUACCCACGUCCCAUCCACGUCUCCUGGAUGCGGGAUGGAGAAGACAUCCUGGCGGAGACGGACUCCAGCGGGAUUCUGCCCAACGACAUUCACUCAUACUACACGCAGUCGUCCCUGGAGAUCUCCCCGCAGCAGGAUGGGCACCGCUACGCCUGUCGAGUGGAGCACAGCAGCCUGCCGGAGCCCGUGCUCGUCUGGGCCCCUGGGAAGAAGGGCCCCCUGUCCCCCGGGGUCCUGGCCGCCAUCGUCCUGGCCGUGCUGGUUCUGGCUGGAGUCGUAGGGGCCGGCGUCGUCCUGUGGAGGAGAAAAUCAGCAGGCCCCAUGAAACCCGAUUAUGCUCCAGCAGCCACUCCCCAUCUGGAUAUUCGGGGCUUUAUCUUAUACAGGUGCCUAUUACCCACCCCACCCCAGACUGUCCGGUCACCCUCCCCGUGCAACACAAGAGCCAUGGCCUGGGGGCUGCUGCUGGCUCUCUGCGGGCUCCUGGCACCAGCUGUGGCAGGCGGGCACCACAGCCUGUCCGUGCUAGUCACAGCCGUCAUCAACGAAGACGGGACCCAUCACUUCAUCAUGAUCGCCCGGCUGGAUGACGUUAAGAUCGCGAACUACAGAAGUGACACGCGAGAGGUCAGACCCACUCAGGAGUGGGUGGCACGGACCAUGGGCGCUGAGUAUUUCCAGGAAAAGACCCAGCAGUUCUGGAGGCACGAGGAGGGCUCGAAAGUUGAGACCAGGAGGUGGAUGCAGCUGUACAACCAGACGGGCGGGAUUCACACCGAGCAGGUUCACGUGGGCUGUGCCCUGAGCGACCAGGACCCCAUGGACCCGAGGUUCCAGUUCGCCUACAACGGGAGGGACUUCAUCAGCUUUGACAACCAGACAGGGACGUGGGUGGCGGCCGUGCAGCCGGCCUUCGCCCCGAAGCAGCACUGGGAGACGGCGGGCAAGGCUUGGACCAAGUUUGUCCAGCAGUACCUGCAGUCCGAGUGCCUGGGGACCCUGCAGAGCCUGGUGCUGCAGGGGCGGGCGGUGCUGGAGCAGCAGGUGCCUCCCAAGGUCUCGGUUUCCCGCAGAGACGCCCCCGGCGGCUCCGUCACCCUUUCCUGCCGUGCCACCGGCUUUCACCCGCGUCCCAUCCACGUCUCCUGGGUGCGGGACGGAGAAGACAUCCUGGCGGAGACAGACUCCAGCGGGAUCCUGCCCAACGCCGACGGCACCUACUACACGCAGUCGUCCCUGGAGAUCUCCCCGCAGCAGGACGGGCACCGCUACGCCUGCCGGGUGGAGCACAGCAGCCUGGGGGAGCCCACGCUCGUCUGGGCCCCUGGGAAGAAGGACCCCCUGCCCCCCGGGGUCCUGGCCGCCAUCGUCCUGGCCGUGCUGGUUCUGGCUGGAGCCGUAGGGGCCGGCAUCAUCCUGUGGAGGAGAAAAUCAGCAGGCCCCAUGAAGCCCGUCUACGCUCCAGCAGCCACAAAGAGCGGGGAAGAUUCUGCCUCCAGCUCGUCAUCAGGAACAGACCCCCAGAGCGUGGGACCCCCGAGCUAGGGGCAGUGACCCUGCCCAGCUGCUGACCCCGCUGGCUGGGCGAUCUCUGUCCUCUGACUCCCCCCUGCCCCGGGGGAGAUUCCUGCCCUGGUCGUUACAGCAGUUUCCUCCUGGCGGUGUUGGGCCUCAGACUCUCCUACUGCAGCGUUUGCUUCUCUACUUCUGCAGCCGGGACUUUGCCUCAAGUUCUCCCCAAGGGGCCGACUCGCUCCAGUGUCUCGUCCCUGCGGGGGCCGCGCUGCCUGCAUCAGGGACAGGCCGUUCCCCUGGUCCAGCAGCAGGAACCGGCACAGAGCCCGGUGAGCAGGCAAAGACAGGGGCGGGGGAGCCCCACAGCAGGCAAUUAUGGGCUACCCCGUUCUGAUUGGCCACGGGUGCCUGAGGUUUGGCCGUCACUUCUCAGGCCGGCCUGGCCUGCACUGGCUGCUGGUGCAAUGCCACCACACCUGUGCCUCAUUCACCCCCCGCUGGCCACCGAGGGGUAAUAUCCAGCAACGUGGGGCGUCGGAGAUCUGACACCUACAAGGGAGUCAUUGCUAGCUGGCCUGCAAAGCCAUCGACCUUCACACACGUGAGCUGACAAGGCCCCCGGCUAAUCACAGCCCAGCCGGCUGAAUGGACCCCCGAGAGUCGCGCUGAAUCAGCUGCAAAAGCAUCCGCCUCUCGGGUGUUUUCUAGUUCUCAUUAGCGGGCGCCUCUGGCUUAGCGUUCUGGCCUGUGUGUGUGUGAGCAAGAGCCACAGAAUCUGUAUGAGCACAGCGCCUAUAGAAUGGCUGCUCAGAUCCCGACACCAGCCCUAGGUCACGCAGCCUUGCUAUGUAAAAGAUCACACCUGCAGGUACUUCAGAGGUUAGGAUCUGUCCAUUUAACCCUGAAAAAUCCUGUUUUCACCUACGUUUCUCAUCUGAGCAUUCAGUGUAACCGGGCGUAUUGCAAUGCAGUGGUUCCCAAACUGGGGUUCAUGAACCCCUGGGGGUUCACGAAAUGUUACAGAGGGUUCUCGGGGGAAAAAAUUCCCUAAUGGCGGACAGAACUGUCCAUAGGGCCAGCAGCCCGGAGCCCCUGGACUUCCAAGGGCUAAGCAGAUCAAAGCAAGCACAUCUACCACA